GCGUAUUGACGUCUCGUCACGUCGGAGCGGUUCAUCAUGGCGCUGCGCAGCGCGGCGCGUGUUCUGCUGCGAGCGAAUGCGGGGCUGAAGCAUCACGCGAGGGGUCUUCGGUUCAGCGGUGAGCGGUGCUUCCGCAUUCCCCUCGACAGAGUAAAGACGCAGUGGGAGCAGACAAACGGACCGUACCACAUCAAGAGGCUCGCCGAACACUACGGGAUCUACAAGGACCUCUUUCCCAUGGCGUAUUUUGUGCCGCGGCUCAUGCUGCGUGUGGCGUACGGAGAGGACAGCAGCACAACAGUGCAUUAUGGGAACCACUUAACACCGAGUCAGGCGGCACAAGCACCUCAGGUACAUUUUGACGCGGAAGAAAAUUCUCUCUGGACGCUGUUGUUAACCAGCCCAGAUGAACAUCUGCUGGAUGCUGAGCAGGAGUAUCUUCACUGGCUAGUUGGGAAUAUCCCUGGAAAUUCUGUGUCAUCAGGGGAAGAGUUCUGCCCUUACAUCAGUCCAUUUCCAGCCAGAGGAACAGGCUUUCACCGAUACAUCUUCAUCCUGUUUAAACAGGAACAUCCAGUUGAUUUCAGCUCAGACCUCAGGUCCUCCCCAUGCUACUGUCUGAAGCAACGGACUUUCCGAACAUUAGACUUCUACAGGAAGCACCAGGAUAAGAUUACUCCAGCCGGUCUGUCUUUUUUCCAAUGCCAAUGGGAUCAGUCUGUCUCUCAUACCUUUCACACGCUAUUGAAUAUGAGAGAGCCGGUGUUCGAGUAUGACAGACCUCCAGUGUAUCACCCACCGCAGAAGAAAUACCCUCACGGACAGCCUCUCAGAUACCUGGACCGCUACAGAGAUGGAGCCGAAAAGACCCAUGGGAUUUAUUAAACACAUGCGUGUAUCAUGAUCACUGUACAACUGAAACAGCCGGGCUUUUGUUUGUAAUAAACUAAAUGUUAUCAGCUGUGUUGAGCCAAAUUGUGUGGGCAAAAAAUGUGUUUAGCUCAAAGCAGCUUUCUGUUGAACUCGUCUUAGAGUUCAG